CUAUGUAUUUUGGUUAGUUUGGGUGAGUAUGGCUGCCGUAGUAUUGAGGUGGAGGGGUAUGUUGGCCUUCCAUUCAAACUGUUGGAAAUCAAGAACUAACAAUAAUAAUAAUUUAGUUAUACGUUGUGAUUUUCAGUGUAGGAAAAAUGUUUGCUUUAAGUUGUUAAGGAAUUUUUCAAAGGACAGUAAAGAGCAGUUAACCGACGUGAAAAUAUUGUCAAAUUUAAGGGGUACCAGCAAUACAGGUCAUGUCCUUGACCAGAAGCAGAAUCAGACAAAGAGUGGAUGUUAUCUAAUUUCAGGCUCUCCUGACAUUGGUAACGUUGUCAGCAAUUUUGUUCCUGCAAAGAUACCGCCAGGACAAUCUGUGAGAAAAUGUUUCCACCCAGGAGCGUUAUCAAUGGCCAGAGAAGCAUUGCCUCUAAGUGGUGAGCCUGUCACCAGCAAGGAUAUGCUCAAGGGGAUGUUGACUUAUAUUUGGCCAAAGGAUGAUGCAGCUAUACGCAAACGUGUAUGUGUGGCGGUCGGUCUGCUGGUUGGAGCCAAGGUAUUAAACGUGGCUGUCCCGUUCACUUUCAAGUAUGCGCUGGAUCAUCUGAACCAGGCGUUACCACCUACAGCCACUGGUGAAGCUUAUCUGAACAUGUCAUCUGCACCUGACACAGUUGCAACUGUUGCGAUAACUAUGCUUAUUGGCUAUGGUGUUGCACGUGCUGGGGCCGCUGGUUUCAAUGAACUGAGAAAUGCAGUGUUUGCCAAAGUUGCUCAGCAUUCAAUUCGUCGUAUUGCACGUAAUGUGUUUUUGCACCUUCACAAAUUGGAUUUGGCUUUCCACUUGAGCCGACAGACUGGAGCUCUUUCAAAGACUAUUGACAGGGGAAGUCGAGGUAUCAAUUUUGUGCUGUCAGCUAUGGUGUUCAACGUAGUCCCGACAGUAUUUGAACUGGCACUUGUCAGUACUAUCUUGGGUGUGAAGUGUGGCAUAGCAUUUGCUGGAGUCUCAUUGGGAUGUGUCAGUGUAUAUGCAGCAUUUACUCUUGCUAUUACACAGUGGAGGACGAAAUUCCGGGUUUACAUGAACCAAGCUGAAAAUGAAGCAGGAAACAAGGCUGUUGAUUCACUUAUUAACUAUGAAACUGUUAAGUAUUUCAACAACGAAAAAUAUGAAGCAGAUCGGUAUGAUAGUUCUUUGAAGAAAUAUGAAGCAGCCUCAUUGAAGACAAGCACAAGCCUUGCAUUGCUCAACUUUGGACAGAAUGCAAUCUUUAGUGGUGCUUUGAGCUUGAUCAUGGUUCUAGCAGCCAAACAAAUUGUGCAAGGUAAUAUGACAGUGGGAGACUUGGUCAUGGUAAAUGGCUUACUGUUCCAACUCUCUGUGCCUCUUGGGUUCCUUGGAUCAGUGUACAGGGAGGUUCGACAAGCUCUGAUCGACAUGCAGACCAUGUUUACCCUGAUGACCAUGGAUACAAAAGUCAAGAAUAGUUUUGAUGCUGUGCCACUGAACAUCACUCCAGAAACGACGACAAUUACUUUCCGCAAUGUCAAGUUUGAGUACGUUGCUGGUAAGCCAGUACUAGAUGAUGGGGUCACUGUUAGCACCGUUCAGUUCAGGGUGCUGAAAUGUUUGACACUGAAAGCAGUUUUUCAGAUUCUACAUGAAACUUGGAAACAUCCUGAAUGCAAACAUCUGCAUGUCAGGAUGAAACUCCAAGCAAAUAACAUGAGUGAUUUCCUCCCAGCCAAACUUCUGAGAAAAUCAUCAAUAAUCCGUCUGCUCUAUCGUUUCUUUGAACCACAAGAAGGUGAAAUUAUUGUUGGAAAUCAGAAUAUCAAUAAAUUGGAAUUAGAAAGCCUAAGAAGAGCUAUUGCUAUUGUACCUCAGGACUCGGUACUGUUCCAUGAUACCAUAUUUUACAACUUGCAUUAUGGUAACCUGUUGAAGAAUGAAGAAGAUGUAUACGCAGCUACAAGAAUGGCAGAACUUCAUGACUCAAUCCAACAGUGGCCCCAGGGUUACCAGACGCCGGUUGGUGAACGUGGAUUGAAGCUAUCUGGAGGAGAGAAACAGAGAGUAGCAAUUGCUCGAGCAGUUUUGAAAGGCUCUCCCAUUCUUGUAUUUGAUGAAGCUACAUCUUCUCUUGAUUCAAUCACUGAAUAUAAUAUACUGGGAGCCUUGAAAAGGGCUACAGAAGGCCGUACAUCAAUUGUAAUUGCACACAGACUUUCAACUAUAAUGGAUGCAGACGAGAUUUUGGUGUUAGACAAAGGUCGAGUAGCUGAAAGUGGAACUCACAGCCAGCUUCUAGCUAACCCUAAAAGCAUUUAUUCAAGAAUGUGGGAUAUUCAGCAGAGAGCAAGUGUAGAAACCAAACCAGGUCAUGCUGCUCAGCAGGGAGCAUAGACUAUGUUAAACUGGAGUAAAAUAUGUAAAUACAUGUAUGAAUUGUGUUUAUAUUGUAACAGUCAUUUGUAAAUAAUCAGCAUUUGUAUUUUAUCUUUGUAUUUAUGGAUGUAUACAUUUACUGUAACUGGAAAUUGUUUUUCCAAGUAUAGUUUUUGUUGUGUA